AUGAACUCGCUCGUUGACCGCGAUAAAGUUCACCACAGAACUGAGAUAGCAGCUGUUCUUGAGGCCGAAAUCCUUAAAAACCACUUGCACGCCCAGUCCGCCAUCAUGCAGUACUGCUUUGUUGAGGGCACAUUUGCUGACCUGGCACGCGAUUUGGCCGAAUAUCUCCAUGUCACCGCUGAGGUCGAACCCCUCCUCGAGGCAAAUAGCAAAGAUGAGGUUCUCAAGAGAUUGGUGACUGCUUCGGCGGCCCUCAAUACCUACCCAGAGAAGGAGUUUACUGCCGCCUACAACCUCCUGGUUUACCUGGUUAUGCAGUCUCCCAAUGUCAAUAUGUUCCUACCGCGCAUGUGCGACAGCCUCACAAAACCGAUUACCUCUGCCCCUCAAAACGGUCCCGGUCUUGCCCUCAACGUUCUCACCACCAUCUUCAACCUGAUGCAGCCCGACAACGAUGUGCGCUUCAAUAUAUUCCAGGCUAUUAUCCGCCAGAUCAAGGCUUGUGGCUUGUUUGAGACUCUGCGCCCGCAGCUGGCGAAAUUGGAUCAGUGGAUCGGUGAGUGGGAUUUGGACGAGGAGGACCAGCGCAAAUUAUUCGGACAGUUGGCGGACGCUGCCGAGGAUGCUGAUAAGAGAGAAGAGGCCUACCAAUUUAUUCUGAGAUCUCUCCGCACCUUCCAAUCCUCCGAAGUUUCAACAAAGGAAGCCCAGGACCUUUCGCUUCGCGCUCUGAAAUCCGCUCUCCUUUCCAACACCCACUUUGACUUCAGCGACCUUACCUCUCUUGCCCCUAUCCAAGCCCUUAGCGACUCGCACACUGAAUAUUCCGAGUUGCUCGAGAUCUUCUCUGAAAAGGAACUUGAGGAUUAUAAUGACUUCCGGGAUGAGAAUGAGGAUUGGAUUGAGAAGGAGGGUCUGGACAACAGCGUGCUCCAUCGCAAGAUGAGACUCCUGACAUUGGCAAGUGUUGCGGCUAGCUCCAACACCCGGGAGCUCGAAUACAAGCGCAUUGCCAAGGCACUCCAAAUCCCGAUCGAAGAUGUCGAGACCUGGAUCAUUGAUGUUAUCCGGGCAGAGUUGAUCGAGGGUAGAAUGUCGCAGCAGCAACAAGUCUUCAAGAUCCACAAGACUACCUACCGCGUCUUUGGCGAGAAGCAGUGGCGCGAGGUGGCUACCAGACUUGAUACCUGGCGCGCAAGCCUGAGAAAUAUCAAGGAGGUCAUCAGCAGGGAGCGACAACAGGCAGAGGCCCAGAAAGAGCGUGAGAUGCACGACCUUGAGCGGAAGGUUAACGGUAUGGGUAUGGGACGUAAGCCAGGCACAGUUGGUGGCAAGGACAACAUGGUCGAAAUGGGUACUGAUUAA